AGCGGACUAGGGCGGUGCUUUAUUUGGCAACAACAAAAAAAAUUCCAGCCAGGACCACAUUUUAAAAAAUAACGUGAGCCUGCUAGACUGAAGGGCAGUGUUUAUGUUUUGUGAGCAGCGCAUCCUCACACGCAGUUGUUCCUUUGUUCGGUGCUCGGCGCAUGAGGACUACAUUUGUCAUCAUAUUUCCUGUCGUUUGAACGCAAUGAAUGGGAGAGCACGAAGGGCGACUCAGGCUCCAUAGAUCCGUUUGCUGGAAGCUGCCUCGAAGGCAUGGAGACUAGCCUUACGGACGGGGAUACGAGACCUCCGCCACCACCGCGGCCGCAGUCUGUCAGCCAUGAGAAAAGGAAAGCGAACCGGGCACCGUCGCCGGCGCGCCCCCGGGAUGUGUCGGGCUGGUCGUUACCGAGAAGCCGGGGCGGAGGGAAGCCCGGAGGACUCACGCCUCAGCCUCGCUUCUCGAGGCGCAGCCCUAUCGGUGUGAAGGCGGGCAAACCCGAGACAAGACAGAGCGUGAAGCCGUCUGCGCCUUCCACCCGUAGUACCGGCGGCAACAGUAAGUCAGGCGGCGGUAGUAGGAGUGCCAAGGCCGGCAAGGGGCGGCGAAGGCUGGGAUCUGGGGGAGCCGCUGCCGCAGCCCGACAUUCGCUGACUGACAGCAGCUCCGAGCUGUCGGAUUGUGCUUCGGAGGAGAACAAACUAUCCACCGAUGCUCUGAGCAGUGACACCGAAUCGAGUCGGGGCGGCAGGGGAUUCCGGGACACUAACGGUGCUAGCGGUAGCACCCCUGCGCCCAGCGAGUCCAUUCCUGAGGUGAUGGAGGUAACGGCGGGGUGCGAUGACAACGUAUCACCGGGAGAUGAGCGCUCGGCUGCCUCCCUGGACAGCCGGUUGCCCCUGAGCACAUCGCUGGCGUUCUCAGACUUAACGGAAGAGUUCCUGGACGGGGCGCGGGAGGAGCUGAUGAGGGAGAUGGAGGAGCUGCGCUCCGAGAACGAGUACCUCAAGGAUGAGAUAGAGGAAUUGCGAGCAGAAAUGUUAGAAAUGAGAGAUGUUUACGUGGAAGAUGAUGUCUACCAGCUACAAGAGUUUCGACAGCAGUUGGAUCAAGCUAACAAAAUGUGCCGAAUUCUACAGUACAGGUUAAGAAAGAGUGAGCGUAGAAGCCUGCGAGUUGCCCAGACAGGUCAAGUGGAUGGAGAACUCAUCCGUGGCUUGGAACAAGAUGCAAAGGUUGCAAAAGAUAUCUCUGUACGUCUCCACAAUGAAUUGGAGGUAGUAGAAAAAAAGAGAAUAAAGCUUGAAGAAGAAAAUGAAGACCUGCGCCAGAGACUGAUUGAAACUGAUCUCGCCAAACAAGUCCUACAGACUGAACUGGAAAAAGCUAAAGAGAAUUCUUUAAAAAGACGAAGCUCGCGUAGUACUGGAAAACAUGAAAAGAAACCUUUGCUUCAGGAAGACAGUGCUGAUUUGAAAUGCCAGCUAUAUUUUGCUAAGGAGGAGUCUGCACUUAUGUGCAAAAAAUUGACUAAAUUGGCAAAAGAGAAUGACAGUAUGAAAGAGGAACUGGUGAAAUACAGGUCCCUUUAUGGAGACCUGGACAGCUCUUUGUCAAUUGAUGAACUGGCCGAUACACCUCACUCACGGGAAGCUGAGCUCAAAGUCCACCUUAAACUCGUGGAGGAAGAAGCCAACAUACUGAGCAGAAGGAUAGUUGAACUUGAAGUUGAAAACAGAGGUUUACGAGCUGAAAUGGAUGACAUGAAAUAUCAGGGUGAGAGAGAAUUUGAUGGUCAAAAUAUCAGCUUGGCGGUGUCUUCUGCUCAUUAUACAGACUCUGGAGACAGCAACCUGGAGCUCAGCAGACACCUCCAGUUUGUGGAAGAAGAAGCAGAGCUUCUCCGAAGAUCCCUUAUGGAACUGGAAGAUCAGAAUAAAGUACUUAUGAAUGAGCUAAACAAGUACAAAUCAGACCAUGAACUGGAAAUGACUAUGUCUGAAGAUAGCUGUUCUGUUAUGAGUGAAACUUCACAGGAGGAGCUUAUGACUGCCAAACUCCAGAUCAGUGAGCUUAACGGAAAAGUUAAGAAACUCCAGUAUGAGAACAGAGUUCUUCUUUCCAACCUACAGAGAUGUGACUUGGCAUCAUGUCAGACUGUUAUACCAGCCAUGGAAACAGAUGCAGAGGCUGGAGACUCUGCACAGUUUAUUCCAGUGCCUAUGAGGCGAGAAGGACCAGUUGGUGGUGAGAACCAUUCUAGGGAUGGCCAUGAAAUGCCUGUAAAUGGAGGUCUGAGACUUCAAGAUGCUUUCAAUAUAAACGCAGCAAAAAUGUUUAAAACAAGAGACUUUGAGAACUUAUUGAUAGUCAAGGAUCAGGCUACUGUAGUUAGCAAAGCUAUUGAUCUUCUACUGUCUGACUCGCAAGAAUUAUCUAAUGUCAAGUUCUGUCCAGAUAUUGAGUCUGUAGACCAAAAAACAUUGAGUGGCACUAUUGAUAAUACUGAAAAUGCUUGCAGAUAUAAAGUAGUGGGAGCCAUCAUUGUACGACUGAACAUCUUGCAGCAGGAGCUUAACUGUUUCAUAGAAAAACUGGAUGUAUUGGGAGAAACUUUAAAAGAACAGCUGGGAUCUGUUUCACCAUUACCAGGGUCAGGAAGCUUUUUGUCAACAAUAACUUCAGGAAGCCAAGAUUCCGCAACAGAAACAUCAGGACUAGACUAUUAUUCUGACUUGAAGUCUGACUAUAGGGAUUCCACAGAAUGGGAUUUGAAGCAAAGUCGAAGGCCUGAGAUUUAUACCAGCAAUGUGAACAUGGACCCAAAUAUGGAAUUACGCAGGAAAGACAACAUGAAUAAGUCCGAAGACAACGAAUCCUAUGCCAGGGAGGUUAGCGAGCUGCAGCUUGUUUUGGCUGAAGCUAAGGAGAGCAUCCGGGGACUGCAGGAACAGCUUUCUCAAGAGAGAAGCCUGCGAAAGGAGGAGGCAGAGCACAUGGAACAAAAGAUUCUACAGCUGAAAGAAGAGCAUCAAAAGGCUCUUACAAGACGCAGUUUUGAAUUGCAAAGCUUAAAUUUGCAAAGAAGACUGGAGCAGAAGUUUUGGAGCCAGGAGAAGAACCUGCUAGUCCAGGAGUACCAGCAAUUCAAGCAGAACUGUUUUUUUCUAUUUAUGAAACUCAAGCUGUUCCUCAAACACUGGAAACAAGGCAAGAUGCCUGAUACUGAUAGUGAGGACUUCCUAGAGGUCAACAAUGUGAAAGAUUUGUACUUGCUGAUUGAAGAACAGGAAUUAAAUCCAUCGAUGGAUAAAAAUGCACUGGCAGGAGAAAUCUGGUCUCUGAGCUCAGUUGUAGAUGGAAGUAAUGAUUCAAAGGAGAAGUCUCGCAUUGUGUCCCAAGGCAGCAAGCUGAUGACUGGGUACACUCAGAACCUGGCUGAAAUGAAGCUGAUCCUAAAGGAGCUCUGUAAAGAGUUCACUGAUGAAAGGAGGGGAAUGAAAGAGCUCCAGCAACAGUUUGCUAAAGCCAAAUCAGCCUGGGAGAUGGAUAAACUUGAGAUGAAGUGCCUUCUUGCACAGCUGGAAUCAAAGACUGGAAAGCAAGUUUUUGAAAGGAUAUCUUCGGAGUUAAAAUCUGCUCUUAAACUUGAGCGAGAGGGGCAACAGCAACUUUUGGCUGAAUCUUACAGUGCCGUCAUGGACAUCACCAAGCAACUGCAAAUUAGUGAGAAGAACUGGCACCAGGAGAAACUGGACUUGCUGCAGCGUUUCCAGAAUGAGCAAAAACAGCUGGAAAGGCAAAUAAAUGAGCUGCAGCUUAAAAAUGUUCAGAAGCAAAAAGAGGUAGAUAAGUGGGUUAUUAGACAUCCAGAAGAGUCAAAUGGUGGUUGCUGGAAGGAGACUCUACAUGAAAAAUUAGAUGAAAAGGAAACUGCUUCUGAAAUGGAUGCUAAAGGAACCAGUUUAAAAAGAGCUAAAUCUGUUUCUUCAAUGUCUGAGUUUGAGAGCUUGUUGGAUUCCUCUCCUUACCUCCCCGGCCCUGCUUUUGAAAGUACAAAAGGAAAAAGCAGUACGCUCAUGCUUCCAAAUAGUUUAACAGAUGAACUCAACAACAAAAACUGGAAAUACACAAAUGGUGACAACUGCCUUACUGAGAAGAUGACAAAAGGAAAGUUAAAUAUAUCUUCUUGGGAUUAUUCAUUGGCAAACAAUGCAGGCAGAAAAGAUCAUAACCACAAGCAGAUACAGCGAAGUUAUACAGCCCCUGAUAAAACUGGUAUUCGUAUCUACUAUAGUCCACCAGUUGUUCGUAGACUUGAUGGUUCUGUAGUAAAAACAGACGGAAAGAUAAUGGUUGAACCAGGAUUUUUGUUCACCAUGGCCAAACCCAAAGAACUUGAAUCAGAAAGCUCUACUAGUAAUAUGUACAGCAGGUGGCUUUGUAACUUCUCAAAACAGCACUGCAGUCUCCUGGAUACUCACACAGUUGAAAAUUCAGCAUCUUCUCCAGCUGGGUUUCCAUCUUCCUUGCAUGACUUGGAAAUAUCUGGCAAUAUGAGCGAUGAUAUGAAAGAGAUCACAAAUUGUGUUAGACAAGCUAUUCGUUCAAGUUCACUGGAAAGAAAAGUAAAGCAUACUUCAAGCCAGACUGUGCUAGUCACAAAUGUCGGGACUCAGACAGUACAGACUGUUAGUAUUGGUCUUCAAACUGACAGUCUUCGAAGCAGUCUUCAGAGUAAGAGCUGGUCCUCCCGAAGUUCAUCAUUAAUAUCUACCCGUAGUAAACAACUCUCUUCAUCUUUAGAAAAGGUUCAUUCUAGACCCGAACGACCUUGCUGCUCUCCUAGGUAUGGCUCUCCAAAGCUGCAUAGACGGAGCUCAACCAAGCUAGAUGGUUCAAAGGACAGAAGCCUUUGGAACCUUCAUCAGAAUAAGCAGAAUGGGUCUGCUUGGGCCAGGUCUACAACCACAAGAGAUAGCCCAGUGCUGAGUGGCAUAAAUGAUGGCUUGUCUAGUUUAUUUAACGUUGUGGAACACAAUGCUGGCACUGAAGCGGUUUGGAAAAUGGGUCAUCAUGAUGUACGUCCCAAGACAGAGGUUCCAAAAUAUGGAAUAGUACAAGAAUUCUUUAGGAAUGUAUGUGGUAGAUCCCAGAGUCCCACAUUAGGGAAUGAGAAGCAGCAACUGAAAGACAUUUGUGUUGAAGAUGGCAUCAAAAAGCAGGAGGCAUCCUCGUCAUCAGCAGCAUACAGUCCAACUGAAAGUGUACGCCUUUUGAACAGAAGACUUGUUAAGCAAAGUUGCAGUGAAGAGCAGAAGUCCACCACUCCUAAGCAAGUUAACAAAGAUGCCACCAUGAGGGACUCUGUUGCAACCUUGACAAACACAAAUGAGGACACAGCCUGUGAUUGCACUUCCCAGUCCCUUACAUCCUGCUUUUCCCGUCCAUCCAGGUCUUCGGUUCGCCAUUCUCCAACCAAGUGUAAAUUUUACUCUUCAGACCCGAACAAGAUUGAAGACCAAGUUGACUCUGGGGAAUAAGGUGCCCGUCUCCACAUCAUCCAGUCAGGACCAGAUAAAGGCUUCGAAGAAAGAAACAGACUUUGUAGCACUUCCCAAAGGAUGCGUCUUCAUAGUGCUUAAGUGUAGAACUGUGUUAAUGAGCAGACAGUGUGGGCCAAGAGUCUGUAUUUAAUGUUGGAGUCUAUUCUUACAGAAGAAUGUUAUCUUCAUAGUCUGGUGAGGUAGCAUUAGAGGUCACAGUAUCUGAAUCAUGACUAAGAUAAAGUAAUAUUUUUUAACUGAAUACCAUGCUGUUUUGAAUGGACUAAAAUAUUCAGUUAAGUAGUUUAACUGUGAUUAAAUAUUGGCAUUCUACCUUACUACUUUUAAAAUACAUUUUUGGCUAAGCUAAGAGACCUACAUACCAGUCUGUGUCCGUUCAAUGAAACGGGGCUUAGUCUGUACUGCUGCCUGUUAAUAUAUUUGUGUACUUUUUAUGUAAAAAUGUAUUACUUCUCUAGAUCAGAGAAAUUUGUUGUAAAUAUAUAUUUUUUUUAUUU